GGGCGCGGGGCGGCGGGAGCGGCGCGGCGGGAGCCCCCGCCCGCCCCGGCGGAGCGGAGCGGCGGGAGCGGCGCGGGCAGCGCUGCGGCAUGGAGGGGAGCCGCACCCCCGCCCGCUACGGAUCGCUGGAGCCCACCCGGUGGCCGCCCGCCGGCGCGGGGCCAGAGGACGAGAUUGUUUCCAUGGCCGACUCGACCACCACCAUCGACGACAUCGAAGGGGAGCUCUUCAAAAUCGAGAGGAUCAGGGAGAUCCUGGUGAGGAGGGAGUCCGAGCUGCGGUACAUGAUGGAUGACAUUCAGCUCUGUAAAGAAAUCAGCCGGCUGAAAAAGGAGCUUCAAAAACUCAUAGCCCUUCCAGAGAAUGAGAAGUCCAACGAGGAGAAGCAGAGGGAAGAGGAGCUGGUGCAGCAGAUACACAAGCUGGUGGAAACACGGGAUUUCCUGGUGGAUGAUGUGGAGUUUGAGAGGCUCAGGGAAAGAGAAGAAGACAAAGAAAUGGCAGAGUUCCUGCAGAGUAAGCUUUCCAAAAGCUACCUCCAGAAAGCAACUCCUGUCAAAGAGAAGAAAAUGACUUCCAGGGGGCAGCAAACCUCCGCACCGUACAUGACCAAGACGGGCCUCACCCUGCUCAAGGAGUGCUGUGGCUUCACCUGCUCCAUCAUGUCUCCAGCCAGAGUCCACAGUCUGCUCUCCUCAGAGAGUUUCAGCUUCCCGUCAUUGUUCAUGCUUCCCACUGCAGCACCACCACCGAAGAGACUUCCCAAGCAGGCUGGUGCAAGCUCAAAUGAUGGCAUGUCCCCUUCAUGCCACGUUAAUGGUCGUCUCCUCCAUGACAUCAAUGAACACCGAAUUCCACCCGAGCUCAGCUUGGAAGAGGUGUGGGCAGCCGCGGCAAGCGAGUCCAUGACAAAGAGGACUGGUGUAGUCCUUCACCUGGACACGGUAAUAAAAAAAGCACUGGGAGCUAAUGUUUGGAGAACAUUGUGCUUCACUGUCCAAGACAUGCUGUGGCCACAGAUGAUGUCUCAUCCUUAGUCCUUUACCACUGUGUGAGUCUCUACGGGAUGAUUCCUGAGGACUCUUGGUGGGGAAUGUCUCUGGUCUGGGUUUCGUUGUGCUUGUAUCGGUUUUAUUGCGAGGUGCUCUAUGGCUCUGGGUAGAGCUGAGGAAAGCGUGAAGGGCAGUCCCCAGAGCCGGCUGAAUGAAGGGCUAAUUCCUGUGAAGUUAUCACCUGAGCACAGACCUGAUGUGUUGAACUACAGGCAGAUGAGUUGCUUUCUCCACCUCACUAUUACUGGAUUCACUAGCAAAAGAGAAAAGGAGAAAAAUUCAGAACAGGGCAACACACAGAAGGAAACAAAAACCAAACAGGACUCUGGAAAAGUGGCAGGGGAAGGUGGAGACAGCAGGUGAGAGAGAGUCUCACUGCCAGGAGGGCAAUCGGUCCUGCCCUCCAGUGCCCCAGCCAGCGCCUCUGGGCUUGACACCGUGAGCUGGACAUAAAGUCCUGUGCAAAAGACUCACGCACCCUGCGGCCACCCAGUGUCCCAGUUCCUGUUGUCCCUUCUAAGCAUCCACCUGUGCUGAGGUGGCACAGCCAGAGCUGCUAACGCCCGUCGCGGCAGGACACAGGCUCUCUUUCUUGCUGGGUGUGAAGGCCUCUCACAUCUCCUGCCCUGCACUUCUGCCCUGUAGGCUGCUAUGGCUUUACUGGGUGUCCCGGGGUGGCCUCCCAUUUGGGUGACUGCCCAAGAGCUCUGGUUGCCCUCUGGCCAAAAUGCUCAUUCCUCUAGCUCAAUCCUGCUGCAUCUUGCUGGAGGGUCUCGAGAUGGCGUUCCUGCAUGGCUCGCUGUCCAGCACGCCCAUGCCAGUGAGAUGGUCACAAGCCAUCUGGCUCUUUUCAUUGCACCCGAUAGCACAUUCAUCCCUUUAAGACACAACACAGGUAGGAUCCUUCCUGGUGCAAUGCCAUAAGCAGGUCCAAGUUCUUCCUGCAUUUGUUUAUCAGCACUGCCAGAAAACCCAGUGUGUGGGAACCUGUUCUCUAACCUUUGCAAGGGGGUUUCCACUCACUUGUCAUUCCUAAAGAAUCUCAUCCUGCUAUGGAUCUUACCAGCAGCCAGAAAAGUCCACAAAGUCCCCCUGCACACUCACAGACCAGGGUGCAAGGCCCCAGUGGGCCAACGUGGCACCUGGUCAUCUCUAGCAAACUUGACCCUGCUUUGGUUCAUGUCACCUCUGAGUUGACUGCAGCGGUCAGUCUGCAGCCUGCUUACAUUUUGUGCUGCUUGUUAAUGGCAUGCAGCAUCCUACAAACACCACCUUCCAGUUCCUGGUGCUCUCCUGGCUUCAGGGAGGCUUCAGUGUGGGCUGGAGAGAGCAUCCUCUAGAUCCCAGGGGAAAAUUAAGUCACAGAGAGCUCCUCUCUGCUUUGCCAACCCUGUGUAAUGGAGUGAAGUGCAACACACAGCUGGGGCUGUUGUCCAAGCAGGGGUGACAGGCCAUCAUGGGUAGCAUCCAUCCUGGAGCUGAUGGGACAGAUUGGGCCACUCCCUGCCCUUCCAGAAACUGCCUGGUGGCUGCUUUGCUUGGUCUCUGCAGUCACACACAUGGUGCAAUGCUGGUGUUUGCUUUGACCCACACAGACCAAAGGCUCAAGACCUAGAAGGCCCCCUCCCUGUCCUUGCAUUCCCCAGGGUCUUCUUGCAAAGGGUGAGUAACCGAGCCAGUUUGGUUGGUUGGACCAAGAUGGAGCCAAAGGCAAGGAAUAGCCCUUGAUUCAAAACUUGCUCCCCUGAUUCAUCCCUACCUCCACCCCACAAGGCCCCAAGAGCCAGACUUUAGCUGCUGCGCAGUGCUUGGGCAGGCAGGGAGGAUGGCUGGGGGGAGACGGGCAAGGCCCUGGCCUGUUUUGUUCUGUGUUUGCUGGCUGUGUUUGUGUGGCUGGUCAUGGAGAAGGAGGCAGGCUGCUGUCCUGGUCCUACGAUACUAUUAUUUGGCCUGUAUUUUAACUGACACCAAAGGUGCGCAGCACACGGGAGCGACACUGUUUCAUGUGCAUUGAUUUCAACCCAAACAAAUAAAUGUCUGUUGGAA